AUGAUAUUACAAUGGGUGUUAUUACUAGUAUUAGUAACCACUUUAAUAGCGGCCGAAAAGGGUUCGUACGAGGAAACUGGCAAUGACUUGCUAAGAUGGUUGGAUAAUAGUGGAAGAGGGUUUGGUACAUGGAGAUCUCCUCAAGAAGAUGAAGAUGAAGAAUUAGAAUAUCCGGCGAAUAUAUUUAAAAACGAAAACAGUAAACGAGCACUGUCAUUUUUGACACACUGGAGACCAUGGAAUCAGUUAAGUGGUAACGGCAGACAUGUGAUUCGGUCGCCAUUCAGUUCGUUUUUCCCAGAUACGGAUAUACCAUCAAAGGGUAAUCGGCCAGUAGGACAACCACUUAGAUGGGGACGGCGUAGACGUCGAUAA